CGGCUGCUGGAUCACUUGCUCCGCUCCUCACCCUAUCUUGGCACGCGCGGAGACUUUUUAUAUAUCUUCCUCCCACGGCCCCGCCGACAUAUGAAUAUGAAGUUAUGAACACACUCCGCACUCUACCAUCCCUCGCCGGCCGCCUCCGUUAAUACUCCCAGCCCCGCACCCAAAGAGAGAAGAGAAGAAACCCACCACCAUCCAUGAACCCGACGCGCGGCCGCCGCAAUGGCGGCAGCUCCGUUCUCCUCGUCAUCAUGCUCGUCGCUGCGCGGGCCGAUAUGGCGGCCGCGCAGCAGACCGGCCAGGGGCCAAGCUACUUCAACCCGUCCAUGGCGGUCAUAAUCGUCGUGCUCGUCACCGCCUUCUUCUUCCUCGGGUUCUUCUCCAUCUACAUCCGGCGCUGCGCGGGCGGGCCGCUCGGCGGGCCCGGCGAGGACCUCGGCGCCAGGCCGGACGUGGGCGGGCUCGCGUUCCUAACCUCGGGCGCCGCGCGGUCGAGGAGGAUGAGAGGGCUGGACCCGGCCGCGCUCGAGGCGUUACCUACCAUGGCCUACGCCGACGUCAAGGCGCACAAGGUCGGCAAGGGCGAGCUGGAGUGCGCCGUGUGCCUCAGCGAGUUCGACGACGACGACACGCUCCGCCUCCUGCCCAAGUGCUCGCACGCGUUCCAUGUGGACUGCAUCGACGCCUGGCUCGCGUCGCACGUCACCUGCCCGGUCUGCCGCGCGAACCUCGUCCCCGGCGCCGAUGCUCCGGCGCCGUCCGGUGCUGCUGCUGCUGCGUCGGCGACGCCGGAGCGGGACGUUGUAGCUGCUACGUCGGCGCCGCAGCCGGAGCAGGAAACGCCCACGGCACCGCCAGAGCAAGUGACGGUGGUGAUCACCGAUGCUGCCGAGGAGACGGAGGAGGAGAGGGUCAGGAGGGAGGAGGCGGCCGAGCUGGUGCGCAUCGGCAGCGUGAAGCGCGCGCUGCGCAGCAAGUCCGGCCGGAGUCCCGCCGCGCAGUUCCCGCGCUCGCACACCACGGGGCACUCGCUCGCCGCGGCGCCGGCCGAGAGCGCGGAGCGGUACACGCUGAGGCUGCCCGAGCACGUCCUCCGGGAGGUCGUGGCCGCGGGCAAGCUGCGGCGCACGAAGAGCCUCCAGGCGUUUCGGGAGGGCCGCGCCGGCGGGAGCACGCGCCGGGGCAGCAGGAGCGUCCGGCUCGGGCAGUCCGGCCGGUGGCCCGCCAUCACCAUGUCGUCGUUCUUGGGACUCUCGUUCUCGGCGUGGGGGUCGUCGUGGCGUGGCGAAGCCGACGCCGCCGGCAAGGGCGGCGCGAAGGUCGCCGGCGACGGCACAGCGGCCGCGGAACAGCAGUGCGACGGUGGGGCGUGCCCACUUCCACUUGGCGGCCGCCGUGUUUGAACUUUGACGUGGUAAAAAGCACGGCAAAAGUUAGGAGCACGUCUCUGUCGUCGCCGUUAAUCCACUUUUCGGCGGUGAAUUUAGGGCAAAACAAAACCUCUUUUCGGCGGUCAAUUAGGGAAACUUUGUACAGAAACACCUUUUAAUUAGUCGUCGGUUAAACUCCAUUCAUUAGGUCCUUGUGUAAUUCAUUCAAGAGUGUAUAGUACUACGUACGUGACGUA